CGGCCUGUUAACUAACUAACUAACGUCACAUGUUUGUAUAAUUUGCAGUGGAUUUUGGUCGACGGUAAAGAUGUUCCUUUCUCAGAUUCCUUUUGUUGGGUGGAUGAUACAGUAUCCUCUCAUGGUUGUUGAGCAACUUGUACGAGGUUCUCGUUGAAAAAGAUCCAUCUCGCUCCUCUUCAUGCACCUCAAAAAGGCCUCUCUCUAGAAUUCCAAAACAACUGCUGCUUUACUUUUUUUUUAUUUUCUUUUAGAAACAGAAUCAAAUCCUUUUACCUUGUUUUUUUGGGGACAUGACAGAGUCUUUGCACUGUUUCAGAUUCUAACUUUCUUUCUAUAUAUAUCCAAAAAAAAAUAGUUAUCUUAAAUGUUUUUUUCUUCUCUCAUCGUAACGUACCAACUCAAUCUUCAUCAUGUAACGUGGGGAUAACGUAACCAUAGUUUUGAAUACAAAACAUAUCUGAAAACAAAAGAUCAAAUUGUCUGUCAUUAGUUUAUUUAUUUAUAUUUCGUACGGACAUUGGUUUCCAGAUGUGUCUGUCAGCAAAAGAUCAAAUUGUUUUUUUUUUGUCUGUUUGUCUCGGAGAGAUGUCUCUUCGUGCUUUCAUGCCCGUAGAGACAUUGACCUAAACAUCAUCAGCCAGGGGGAAAUACAAAAACCAAACAAUCAAAUGAUGAUUUCGAGGUUGAAGAGAGUUAGGAGAACGAUAUUGGUUCUCGGCUUUGCCAAUUUGGCCGUCAUCGUCUCAGGCUGUGUUCUGACUCUCGUCUCCACCUCAAACUGCGACAGCUCCUCACAGCUAUUCCCCCUCUACGCCGUCUGUUUAGCCGCAUGCGUCAAACUAGCCGCCAUGGUUAAGGUCGCCACUACACAGGAGCUCAUGGCCAUCACCAUCAUGGAUUCUCCUACUCAGAUCAGCCUCGAAAGAAAGAUGAAGUAUAAGACAUGGCUUUGGUGGACUCGGUUUGCAAUGGUAAUAACUCUAAUGCAAUUCCUUGCUGCAACUUUCCUUAUGUUCCGUGUCUCCACCUUUGUUUCCCCUGAUGGCAUGCCAAGACAUUGCGUUUUAGGGUUACCUCCAGACACACGUGGGUGGAAGCAAAGGCUGCAGGUUUCCUUCUUGAUCACGGUUUGCUUUGUUGCGUUGGCUCAAUGCUUCACGGGGUCAGAUAUAUUGCAAUGGAGGUCUUUCUAUGCAACUCAAGAUGAUGCAUGGAAAGCUCAUUACCAGGAGGUGUUUGACCAUGGGAUUCGUGAAGUUUUGUGCUGUCUUGGACGUCGUGAGUAUAUGGGUGUUAUCGAGGAAGAUGAAGUGUGUUCAGUUGCAAGACUGUUAGGUGAUCUUGUUUCGUAUAGGGCAUCAGGCACUGGCCACUUGGAGUUUUUGGCAGGCCUUGCUCUGUUGCAGAAUAAUAGCCAGUUUCCUGAAGAUUCAUAUGAGGACUGUAUGCAAGCUCCAGCGUUUCAUCUUCAGGAGGCUGCUACGUUUCAUAAAUUUGCAGAAGCUGCUUAUACUGGGCCACUGCUAGAUGUUGGGAGAAACCCUGCCUUGUUUUUAUGCACAUGGAUCUGUAGGCAAGGGAUCUUAACACCUUGGAGCCGUAAAUGGAGGCCUAAACUUGAUGGUGAUAAUUGGUGGCGAGGUCAUGCAGCUGCCUUCCUUAAGUUCAUUGACUUUCCUGCUCAUGUUCUUCGUCGAGGUCGGAUUUGUAGUGAGAAGUGUAAGGCGACAUAUUUUGUUGUAGUGUUACAUUAUCUGAGAUGUGUUGUAAUCGCUGUCAGAGGAACUGAGACGGCUGAAGACCUCAUAACUGAUGGUUUAGGUCGUGCUUGUUCACUAACUCCUCAAGACUUGGACGGCCUAACAAAUCGCAUUCACGUUAUGGAUUCUUCUCGUAAACACUACGGGCAUUCGGGAAUAGUAGAAGCUGCAAGAGAUCUAUUUAGGCAAAUAGAAGGAGACCCUGGAGAGUCAGGAUCUACUGGCUUCCUGUCCUCGUUAAUUGGUGAUGGAUGCGAGUGUGCUGGCUACAGCAUUCGCAUCGUUGGGCAUUCCUUAGGAGGUGCUAUCGCCUCUUUACUAGGAAUCCGACUACGUUGCAGAUUCCCUAACCUAUAUGUAUAUGCCUAUGGACCUCUCCCAUGUGUAGAUCAAGAUGUAGCAGAGUCAUGUUCUGAAUUUGUUACUAGCAUUGUAUUGGAUAAUGAAUUCUCAUCACGGCUCUCGUACGGAUCAAUCCGCCGACUCCAAGUAGCAGCAAUCAAAGUACUGUCUCAAGAUCCUAAAGCUGAUACAGCACUCAUUUUCAGACUCGCACGCCGGUUCUUGUCUGCUAGCAAACGGCACAGACAGAACGAUGUGGAAGAGCAAACUACAGGAGAAGCAAUACCAUCAAUAGUUAUUGGUGCUGACGAAUCACAAGAAAGCCUGCAAAAACAAGAAGAAGAGUUCAUUAAUCCUUUCCACGAGAUGGAGGCCUCAACAGAUAGCCCUGUCUCUCAGUUUAUGGAAACAGGCCCAACAAGAGCAAAUUAUGAUGAUGAUGAUGAGGAAGCUCCGGAGAUGUUCUUGCCUGGUUCAGUCAUCCAUAUUGUACACGAAGGAAACAACAUGAGCGUCCCUAUAUGGCGAGGAUGGCCGAUCUGUGAUGUUCCAGAUGGCUACAAAGCUUAUGUUGCAAACAGAGAGAGCUUCAAAGAAAUUAUGGUUUCUCCAUCAAUGUUUCUUGAUCAUCUUCCUUGGAGAUGCAGACACGCAAUGCAGAAGGUUCUAGAAUCUCGAAGUCUCUACUGCGAUCUAACAAGUGAAUCUGAUAUAGUAUGACCCCAAACAACACAAUGUGCAUAUAUGGUUUGACUAA